GUUAUUAAUGUAACAACUGGGUUGGCAUUCAUACCAACACCAUACUGUGCUGUUUAUGCUGCAACAAAAGCAGCUCUUCAUAGUUUCACAAUGAGUUUAAGAUUUGAAUUCGAAUCGACAAACAUUCAAGUAUAUGAAAUCCUACCACCAGCUAUUAAACCAAAUCUUUUUGGUGAUUUUGGUGUGUCAGUGGAAGAAUUUUGUAAUGAGGCUUAUCAACAAUUUCUGGCUGGCAAACAAGAGAUUGGCUAUGACAAGUCAGAAGAGGCCAGGAUGGCAUCACGACAACAGUUAGAUCAUAUGUUCGUUGACCUUAAUACAAUGUUUAAAACGGUUUAUAAAUCGUUAACCGAACAAGAAAAACUUUAA